CGCCCACCAGUAUAAGAACCGUGGGAGUGCGCUGUUCGCACCAUUGACUUGGUGCUCGUUGGCAGGCCCCAGUGGGUUUGGUGCGGCGCACGCGCAGUUCCUCGCGCCGGGCAGGGCUAUGCGGAGCCGGGGUGCCGCCUGGGGCAUGAAAGCUGCAGGACACCUGGCGAGAACUGUGGAUUUCUAAAGUUUGGGGGAAUUGCAAAGCACAAGGCACAAUGUCAACUGCAGGAGUUGCUGCUCAGGAGUUAAGAGUUCCAUUAAAGACUAGAUUUCUCCAUAAUGGCCAAGACAUGGGGAGCCUGAAAGCUUGCUGGAGCAGCCAUGACGGGUUUGAAAAUACUUUAUUUAACAUGGACCCUAUAGCGAUGGCAUACAAUCUGAAUCCAUCAGUACAGCAACACUGUACAUCUGUUGGGCAUUCUUCAAACCCAGUAUCAACAAAUGGCUAUUGCUUUACUGAAAGCUGUGUAAGGGUCCCACCUCAGAAAUCCAGCCCAUCUCCUCUUAGUUCCAGAAGUGAGCAACUUAGUUCAAAGCAUGAAGACCUUGUUCCUAGUUUCAGCCAACUGUCAGUUACUGUGGGGGGUGUUUCUGAAGAGACACCACCUCAUACACCGACGAAGAGUGGGCCACCUCAGUUUUCUUGUGCAUCUUCCAAUGACCGCAGCUCCCGGCCACUACCUCCACUGCCCAUUUCUGAGGACCUCUCUCCAGAUGAUGAUGAUAGAGAGGUGGAAUUUUUAACCAGUUCAGACACUGACUUUUUGUUAGAUGAUUGUGGAUUUUCUCCUUUUAAAUCCAGCGCUCCAAGUAGACGGAGCUUUAGGGGCUGCGGACAGAUUAAUUAUGCCUAUUUUGAUGCCCCAGCAGGACCUAAAACAGAAGAUGCCAACUCUGCAACUAACUUAAAUGGUUGUAUUCAAACACCAUGUCCUCCUCCACAACAGCUGCAUCGGCGUUUGCGGAGGUCUCAUUCAGGGCCAGCUGGAUCAUUUAAUAAACCAGUAGUGAGGCUAUAUAGCCACUUAAAUAGGGCUUCUCCCAAUUCCGAUGAAGACAAACCAGAGGUACCCCCUAGGGUUCCCAUACCACCUCGGGUACUGAAAGCGGAUUAUAGAAGGUGGUCGGCAGAAGUCACUUCUAGUGCAUACAGUGAUGAAGACAGACCUCCCAAAGUGCCCCCCAGAGAACCUUUAUCACGGAGCAAUUCCCGUACACCAAGCCCUAAAAGUCUGCCACUGUACCUCAAUGGGGUCAUGCCCCCAACACAGAGCUUUGCCCCUGAUCCAAAAUAUGUCAGCAGCAAAGCGCUACAAAGACAAAACAGUGAGGGAUCUGCAAACAGGCUCCCUUGCAUUCUUCCCAUUAUUGAAAAUGGUAAGAAGGCCAGUUCAACACACUACUAUCUGCUGCCCGAAAGGCCUCCCUAUCUGGACAAGUAUGAGAAGUUUUUCAGAGAAGUGGAAGAAACCAGCUCAAACCCAGAGGUGAAGUCCUGGGCUGGUGACUGCACCACAGCUUCUGCCCCAGCAAAGCAGGACUCCAAAGCUAGAAUGGACAUGGUUGGCCACAUGAAACGAAAACACCUGUCUUACGUGGUUUCUCCCUAGAUUCGUGAACAUAAGUCACAGUAGUUGAUUAGGAUGCAAUAGCUCUUAACCACAUUGCUAAAUUUUUUUGAGAUUCCAGGAAAGAUUCUCAAAUAAUGAAGUAGUAGAAUUCUUCCCAUUUCAGCAGAAAAGUGGUGUAUCAAUGGUAAAGUCAUCUUAUGCUGCAUAUCUCUCUGAAUUGUUCGUUUGGACUAAGCCUGUUGUGGUCUGCGUAACUGAAGACUGUAAAGCGUUGAUGGAAACACGUGGAGUAACCAUAGCCUUUUUGGCCAGUUAUACACUAUUCCUAGAGUAAUAUAUUUUGUAAAUGCAUAUUGAGAGACAAAUCCAGUUUUGAUGUCGAAAACUGAAGUCAGGGAAGAAAAUGCAGUACAGUAUUGUUUAUAUCACAGGCAUUUCCAAAAUGCUAGGCUUGGCAUUUUAAAAUAUUUUGUGGAACAUGGUAUUGCUGGGAACAAAUCCUGUUCUCUUUAGCUAGCAUGUGCCAAGCUGUGGCUUGAAGGAAAUUGACAUCCACUUAGACUUGCAAGUGAAUUGGAAACUGUUUUUAAUAUUUCAAAUAUUUUGAAAAAUUAGUAGGAUAUGGUAGAAUUUAGUGAAGUAGUUUCCAACAGGGGUUAGACUUCUGCUUUAUUUUUUAUGGUGCCUCUUGGAUUCUUUCACCCACUAACUGGCACAUGCCAGAAUUCUGCAGAUUUUCCUAACAGAGACUUGGACCAGCUACUGCUAACCAUCACUCAUUGCGCUCUCCAUAAAGGGUCCAAGGAAUGCAUGUUAGUGAUCUAAGAUUGACAGGGAAAAAUUGCUAGUAAAUUGUGAGAUAUGACUACAUGCCCAUCUAGUAUACAAAUGUCUGACUGUAUUAUAAACAGAAACAAAACACAAGCUGGUCUUGUGUUCUGGUUUCUGUUCAGUAUUUUCUGGUUGUAUGGCUUUUGGGUUUUUGGUAAAUUAAACAUGAUUCCAUUUACAACUGUGUUAGUCACAUCUCCCUUUGCUUCAGAUAGUGCUGCUUUCUGUUUUUUUAUUCCUUAGGCUGCCUCAUUGUUCCAUUUAGAUCCAGUGAGAAGCAACCCUUAUGCACAAGACACAGCUAAUGUAUAUUUUCACUUUUUUAUCCGAUUAUAGAUAGGCACAAGAGAGGGGUGCUCGUUAAUGGAGGUACAUUAUUAUAAUGCUCUCCUCCUAACAGAAAUGAACAAGCUGUUUACAGUUUAAACUGCUGAAUGAGAUAUUUGAGCUAUUUUAAAGCUUACUUUUAUGUUUUAGUACAAACAAAUGAAGGUGAAAUACAUGCUAUAGAAAAUGCACUGAUAUUUCUGCAUCAUGUGUACAGUAUUGAACAAAAGGAUUUUAUUCACUGUUUUAUUUUGAAUAUUAUGUCUUGAAUUUAAUAAAGUU